AUUCACGUUGAUUGGUGUCCAUGUAAAGUACACCAGUACACCAGUACAAGAUAUUUACAACUGCUUCUCAAUUUGCAGUAUCGGCUUCCAAGACAGAUAUAAAACAUUUUUAGAAAAAUAAAAGAGCAUCACAUUUUACAAAUGUAAUUUCAAGCCUUGAAAACACGAUGUCUAAAAACAGCGACAUCCUAACGUCGCCUCAAAAAAAGAAGAAAAAAAAGUGGUCAUCUAGAUUAAACAGAUAUGUUAUAAUUUAUAUAAUUAAUCAUUCAAUAAACUCUUGACACAGACCAACCACAUUUAACUUUAUAAACUUGUCGCAAUAACAACUAGCAAAACAGCUACACGUUUUGUAUUAUACUAUGUGCAACUUUUUAAUGCAUUGAUCAAGAUAUAAACAACACAGCAACAUUCAGCAAAAGUGAAAAAUGACACCUACUCGCGUAAUUGAAAUUAUAUUAUUUCUCAAUUUUUUAUUUAUUCUACAUACAAUACAAACUGGAUCUCCAGUCAGUAGAGAUAUAUGAACAUAACAGUAGGCCUAAUCAAAUAUAGCGGUUAAUAGGAUAAACUAAUCAUCUGUAUAUAAACUAUAAUUUCAAACUGUGAGCAGACGACAUUGUUCACUAUUGGUGAGUAGGCCAUAUUGCUGUUUUAUUUACUGACCAAUAUCUUUACAAAUUGUAAAUAAAAAUAGAAAUACGUCUUCUCUGUAUUUAAUACACAUAAUAACUAUUUUAGGUUAUUCCCACUUUGCUUCCCCUUAUUAUGACGUCAUUAUAACGUAAUCUGACCAAUAGUAUUGCAUUUUCUGUUUGUAUUUAUGCGUUUGGUUUGGUAAUAAAUACUAGAUAGACAACCAUUAGAGAACAGAGCAGCAGUGACGUGUUGCACUUUAUUCCAUGAAUUAAAAUGAAACAUUGUUUUGAAAAUGUUACCGUGGGCCUGUAGAAGAUGUACAGUAUUCAAUACGUUCUCUUCCAUUCAAACAUUCAACGAAGUCGCAUUCUAAAAGCAGCUGAAAGCUUCUGACAUGGCAAAUCCAAACUCUUCCCAUCACCAGCUUCAACUCUACCGGCGGCCAUUACCCGAUACCUGCAUUUCGUUUACCUCGGAGCUGGGAAAGAAGCUGUUCUGCGAGUCCCUGUCGUCCGGUCACAUGAACUGCUACUUCAAACUGGCCGCUCAGUUCAGUACCCAGGACGACACCGCGUACUGCGGGCCCACGUCGCUCGUGGUCGUCCUGAACGCGCUGGCCGUGGAUCCCAACAAGCUGUGGAAGUCGCCGUGGCGUUGGUAUGACGAAAGAACGCUGGAGUGUGACAGCGGCACCCCGCUGAGAUUCGUGCAGCGUCACGGCAUGACGCUCGACCAGCUGGCCAGCAUGGCGCGUCUCAACGGCCUCAAUGAGACGGUCACCCAUCUCAGAGAGGUGGUCAGCCUGGACGCGGUCAGAACACUCGUUAGAGAAUAUUGUACACGCGACGACGCUUUCCUCGUGUUUAACUUCUCCAGGACGGUUCUGCAUCAGACAGGGGGUGGGCACAUCUCACCUAUGGGCGGAUACCAUCCUGGCAGAGAUCUAGUUCUAAUACUGGACGUGGCCAGAUUCAAAUACCCCCCAUAUUGGACACCGCUGCCCCUCGUGUUUGAGGCGAUGAAGAAAGUGGAUCAUGUCUCAGGAAAACCGAGAGGAUUCAUUGAGUUAUCAAGACUUGAAGAUCCUCCCCUGGUGCUGUUCAAACUAGCUGCUGGUCUGAGAGUGACUCCGGGAUCACCGCAGCUCCAGACAGUGACGUCAUUCGUUCAGAGAUGGCAGGCCUGGCUGCUGGCACACUAUGAGAACUGGACGAGGAGCCCGACCAGCAGUCCGGCCAUCUUGUAUGAAGGAUGCCUGGAAUUUAUCCAAGCGUUGCUGUCCUUGGAUGACGACGUCCCUCUGCUGACAACCCAGUCACACGACGAGUGCCCUACAGACAAGACACUUUGCCAGGAGAGUUUUCACUUGAGUCUAAUCAUUCAGAUCGAAAAGUUACCUGUUUAUAACACGGUAAAGUCGAUAUUCACGCGUAUCGCUCGCAAACAAAAGGACAAGCUAAAGCGAAUAUUUCCAGUUGCACGUGGCCACUGUGAACUGAACUGUGUCAUAUACAACCAGCUGGAUUCAGAACACUUUGUGACAUUUCUUCUGGCCUGCUGGCCUCACCCUUGCGCAAAUGGUGUAUACUCUGACAGGCUGACAUUAAACAAAUUCAUGUUUGCCGAUCUAACAAAUGACGUCAUCCAGACGGAACUUAUCACAGUUAGUAAACAUUUGUAUGUCGUCUUUCGCGACAGAAUGUGCAAGUAAACAGACUGUCUCAAAAUGUGGGCCAUUAGAGAAGAAUAGGCUACAGUUUUCGUGAUUAUCACUUCCUAAUGGAAAGUGAGUUUGAAGUCAGGUCAUCACUGUAGAUUCCCUUGAACAAUGUUAAGAUAUACGAUUUUAGGUUGAUACUGUACUAGAACUAUUAUGGGUUUUAUGUUCUGAUUAACGAGCACAUGGUCUUAGAUAUAAACUUUUUUCUUUU